AUGGCGGCAACAAAUCUCUCCUCCACAGUCCUCAACAGCACAAACACCUACCGCGAAAUCCACCGCGUAGACCCUCUAACCUGGAACACGACCCUCGCGGACUUCGCCCAAGAGGCCGCUCAAGCUUGUAUUUUCAAACAUUCCGGCGGUCCUUACGGUGAAAAUCUCGCAGGAGGCUAUCCCACUCCAACCCUCGCCAUCGACGCCUGGGCGAACGAAGAACCUCUCUAUUCCUACAAAAAGCAGAAAUUCACCGAGAAAAAUGGACAUUUCACACAGUUGGUGUGGGCGAAUACCACGGAUGUCGGGUGUGCGAAUGUGAAUUGUGGUAAUGAAGGGGGAGGAGAAGGAGAAUUACAGGGAGAUUUUUUGAUUUGUGAGUAUUGGCCGAGGGGUAAUGUGCAGGGACAAUUUGGGGAUAAUGUGUUGAAGCCGGUGGGGAGUGGGGCGUGGAGAGGGAGGGGGAGUAUGGGGUGGUGGGCGUGGUGGGGGGUUGCGGUUAUGGUUUUGGGCAUGCUAUAG